GCAAUCAAACAAAAGCGGGAGCUGCGCAAGGCGGGCCUGGAACUGCGGGCAGCGAAGAAAAAGUUCAAAGACCAGGUCGCGGCGCAGGCCAGGCGAGAGUGUCGACCGCUCUGUGAGAAGAUGCACGCAAAGCUGCCGCAAGAACUUCGAGACAUCAUCUGUGAGAGUAUCAUUAGCGAUCACAACGCUACUUUCUUCCACGGCGAGAACCAUGAGACCACUGUUGCCAACGGUACAUCGCCACUCCAGCACUGCUUCGAACCCGCGUAUACAGGCAAAGGUAUGCACAAGGAUAUGGUCGUGAGUCUGGGUAGACUAGGAUCCCGCUUCGACUUCCGCGGUCACCACGAGCUGCUCGGUACGGUAUUCGAGCAGUACCUCGUCGAGUUUGGACUCGACUUGGCUACAACGAUCAAAAGGAUAGGACUCUUAGUCACCGAACGCGACCUCAAGACUCGCGAAACCAUGUUUGAGCGCCUCGAAAACCUGUUCAAGCUCAGUCCAGGCACCGCCAUGUACAUUUUCAUUGAAACCGGUGACAAAACCCUACCACAAGUUAAGCGUCAAUUCCGCCGUGUGCUACGCGUCCUGUUCCCUCUCCUUCACCGCCUCAAGGAUGCCGGUUAUCUCAUCAAGAUUGUUAUGAAUCCCCCGUACCUUUCAUCUGCAGUCAAGAAUAGCAACGCCAGCACCUUCUCGGUCGUUCCGGAAGCGCCGUAUCGGUACGAGAUCACCCCAGACAACGCCCAGUUCACUGCUGCAGGCUUCGAGGACAAGUUGGAAAAGGUACGUCGCUUGCUUGCUACAUUGUAUCUGAGUGGCUCUGACUUGUAUAGUGCUUUGAAGAGUAUGGACUGA